GGGGUCUCAGGACGCGCGAAAAGCAACGGCCGCGAUCGCGUCGCGCCACGGUGGCUGUAGCCUGUCGCCUUCCCUCUCCCGAGGUUUCGGAGCCAGGGAUGACGGUUGCGGAACUCAAUCAACGCCAUUGCUGAGAGCUCCGACCACCGAUCUUCAUCCUCCUUCCUUCCUUCCUUCCUUCCUUCCACUACAAAACUCACAAAUUCGCGGCCGUUUCGUCCAGCGGAACGGAAUGCUCCGCGUCCGCGGUCUGGCCCGAGUCUCCUCCUGCGGUCUCUCUCCGAGAGCCGCGCCUCGUCCGGCCAUCUCGAUCUCCAGGACGAGGACGGCGGCGGGUUGCGGCCUCAGAUGGCGAGCGAUGGGGAGCGCCAGCGCCUACACGACAUCGUGCGAUAAGCUCCUCUUCCGUCAGCUCUUCGAGGGGGAGUCGUGCACUUACACUUACCUGCUCGCCGACGUGUCUCACCCCGAUAAGCCCGCCGUGUUAAUUGACCCAGUUGAUAAGACAGUUGACAGGGACCUCUCUUUAGUGAGAGAGCUUGGGUUGAAGCUGAUAUAUGCAAUCAACACGCAUGUACAUGCUGAUCAUGUGACUGGGACUGGUUUGAUAAAGGGGGAAGUCCCUGGAGUAAAAUCUGUCAUUUCGAAGGCAAGCAAUGCAAGAGCUGACUGUUUUAUAAAAGCAGGAGAGAAGAUUCAUUUUGGCGAUCUAUUCCUGGAGGUCCGGGCUACACCAGGACAUACGCAAGGAUGUGUUACAUAUGUUACAGGAGAUGGACCUGGUCAACCCAGACCAAGGAUGGCUUUCACCGGAGAUGCCUUGCUAAUUCGUGGGUGUGGGCGGACUGAUUUCCAGGGUGGAAGUUCACUUCAAUUGUACCAGUCAGUGCAUUCACAGAUUUUCACAUUACCCAAGGAUACAUUGGUCUAUCCUGCUCAUGACUACAAGGGAUUCACUGUUAGCUCUGUGGGGGAGGAACUUCUCUACAAUCCCAGGUUAUCGAAAGAUGAGAAAACUUUCAAAAGUAUUAUGGAAAAUCUAAACCUCUCUUACCCAAAGAUGAUUGAUGUGGCUGUUCCUGCAAACUUGGUCUGUGGGUUGCAAGACUCGUCUGCAAAGCCAGCCAAGGCUGCAUCAAACUAGGCACAGUCCAAGUUAUCGGCUGAUAAAUAUCUAUCCUAUGUAAAAAAACUCGGCUUCAUGAUUAUACGCAGGCUAAAUAUCGGCUUACUACUAAUUUUAUUGCUGCAAGAAGUAGUGGCUGACGUCAUCCCCCAUUAUCCCAUCCACAUUGAAUCUCCACUCAGUCACUCAAAUCAAGAUAUGGUUACUUCAAGAUUUGUGCAUUUCUAGCUUAUUACUGUUUGCCUUUACUCUUUACCUGGCUACAAUUGUGUAUCUAGAAUAUAAAGACGAGAAAAUAACAGGUAUUCACUCACUAUUCAAGGCAAUAAUUGCUUCAAAUUUACAUAAUUUUCUCGUGGA